CGGAUUUUAAUACAAUUUUCAUCAUUCAUAUUUCAAUAUAAUUUUUAUCAUUAUUAUUUCAUAAUUUUCAUUUAGAUAUUUUUCAACAACUCAAUCAGAGUGAAAAAUGAGUUAAUACGUGAAGUAAAAACUAUUUGUAACAUCUUAAAUCUUGAAGGGAAAAAUGUAGUACCCUCCCCCCUCCCAACCCCUAUUGAUUGCACAGUUUUGUUCACGUACGAUACAUAACAAUGGAGUACGGUACAUGGCAGGAAAAUAGGAACGGUAACCUUGACUGGCUUCAGCGUGCCGGUGAAUUAACAGAUGUAAAUAUUCUGGUUGAAGGGGUCAGCUACCCGGCCCAUAGGGUCAUCCUAGCAGCUCACUCAGAAUACUUUCAUAGAAUGUUUACGUGUGGUAUGUCUGAAUCUCGAAACCAAGAUGUGAAGCUGCAAGGAAUGGAACCAGAUGUUUUUCAGGAAGUGCUAGGUUAUAUUUACUGUGGCCGCCUUGUUUCAACAGAUAUAGAUAUACUGAAGGGUGUGUAUCUGGCCGCUAACAUGCUGCAGAUGUCAGAUCUGGAACAUUUAACAAUUAAUAAACUUGGGAAAAAUUGUACACUCUCAAACUGCCUUGAUCUUUACUUUUUUGUGGAAUCUUUUUGCGACUUGGAUCUUCAUGCAAAUAUAUUUAAAAAGGUGAAGAGGAUUCUGUAUGAGCUGUUAUCUGAGCACUGGGGGGAGAUGAUCAGUCAAUCAAACAGUGCUACUGUCAGUGAUAGGUGGGUCAGAGAGCCUUCACUUUCAAACCCAAUCCUUCACAUUUUACACUUUUUGGUUAGGCAAUAAGUUUAG